UUAUCAGAUCAGAAGGAGAAGCUGAGCCUGCAGGUGCAGCAGCUGUCUCUGGACUGUAAGAUGCAUCAGCAGAAGACCACCGUGGCCCAGAACCAGAUGAGAGAACUUCAGGCAGAAAGAGACCAGGCCUACCUGUCCAGAGAUGAGGCCCAGGCCAUGAUCGCCCGCAUCCUGGCUGAGAAGGACGCCCUGAGGAGUCAGCUGGUGGAGCUCCAGGAGACGGUCUUUCAGUCCGAGCGCGGCUCUGAUAAGAAGAAAAUCAGCUGGCAGAACCCGUCACCCAACAGUGAGGAAGACCCGCCUCCAGCUCGACGAAGACUCCGCCGCAUGGAUGCACUCAACCCGGCGUCUAUGAGUGAGGGUAUUCACUGCGUGCUGCCACUGGGCCUGGACUGUGUGCGUCGGCUGCACCGCUUCGACAUCUUCCCCAUCAUCGUCUUCGUGGGCCAGUCUGCACGAAACGCACGCAAACUGAGGUCGAAGCUGCAGCGUGACAGCAGCUCCGAGGAGCAGCUGCUGGCCUGUUCGAGGAGGGAGGAGCCGCUGCUGGACAAGCUGCCCUGUUUGUACCGCAGCAUGGCUCCGGACUCCUGGUGCGACCAGACGUCUCUGCUGACCAGCCUGAGGACCGUCAUCUGGGAGGAGCAGAGGAAGAUCGUGUGGCUGGAGCAGGACCCCUGGUGAAGCCGAGGAGACAAAAACCAAUUUAAAGACCUUCAAAAUGUUUUCACAAGAUGAAUCAGCUUUACAAGAAUGUUUUUGUAAACUCACGUAUGUAUCUGUGAUACUUGUAUGUAAAUGAAUACUUAUGUAUGCAGCUGUGAUGCAGAGAUGUUCUUAGAAAUAUUUUCUACUCUGACAUGUGUGGCUCAUUUUACAGCUUCACUUUAUUAUCUGUUAUAAAAACUCUUUCAAGUACCUUCAUCCUUAAAAACCAUUUAAUCCUAAAGAUACUGUCACUAACAGGAUUAAACAACUAAUCUGAAUAACUUAGUCAGGUUUUAGAUUAUUUACUGCAAGUAUAUAUUGUAUUCUUUUACUGGUUUAAAUGCACAAUAUUUAGAUAUAAUAAUAAAAGUGUUUCUAUUAUAAGAAAUCCAAACUAAUUAAAUUAUUUCUGCUGAUUUUAUUUCCUUUUUCUGCUGAAUAGAGAUUAAGUCCUGAUUAUUGAUUUUUGUAAAUGUUUAAACGAUUUUAGAUCUUGGAGUUCAGCCUUUUGACCAAAUUAACUUUGAAUGUAUGUUUUUAAAAAGCAAAAUAU